UGCUGUCUGCAUCAGGCAGCUUCCAACAUCAACACAAGCCAAAGCUGCAAAAGCUGAAACCCCGCACCCCGACUCCGCCCACAACCCUCCACUCAUUUUCGUCUUCAUCAUGUGUAUGGGAGCCACUUGCGGAACCUGUUCGAAGCGAACAUGGCGCGGAUGCGGAAAACACAUUGCCUCCGCUAUGGAUGGCAUCUCCGAGGAUGAGUGGUGCACCUGCACCCCGCGCGUCAAGGUCGGCGAAAAGGACUACCCGCCUGCUGCCUCCUUCCAGGUCCCGGGCUUGUCCUGGUUGACUGGUGGAUCGAAGUAGGAGUUGCUAUUGAAGCUAGACUCUGGAAAUUGCCUUCUUUUAACCGUACAAAGCUCAAUCUAGUCCAUCUGUGUUGUUUUGAGCCUGACAGCCUUUUCGACAACAUUGUGGGGCAAAGAGGGAGUCAAAUGAUGUGCUAACCCGCUGCUCAUCGUUGCAGGUAGUCCAGUCCAAAGGAGCGUCGAUUCUCAGUAGUGAUUACUUGUCGGGCCUCAAGUCGAAUCUUCGAGUGUCACUGUCUGUCAUUCUAUCACUGCAACGGAGUUUAGGCAACGUUUGCCACCCCAGACAUUGCCUGCUUCAACACACCUCACGUCAGUUGAGCGAUAAACCAAUUCAACAACGUCCCGUUC